GGAAUGCCCAAAUGCAGGAACGCCCCGAAUUGCGGGCGGCAAUCAUACACUAUUGGUAAUUCUGGGGAUUUUUGUAUGGACUGUUGCAGUACUGGAAUCCAACCAGUUGGGGGUGUCUCUUUAGUUUGUCUUGCUCUUGGGACAUGGUAUGAUUUCCAUACACAACCACCACUUUAUGGGAGAGGAGGAAUAGCUACUGGAUUUAGGUAGGUGGAUAACAACAUAAUAUGGAUCAUCGGCUUGAAGGCUACAGCUAAAUACAUUAACAUAUUAAUGCAAUCAGAAAUGUGGAUUAAUCGAGGAAUGCGAGGAAGUGUGGGACAAUGGAAUCUCACCCCAUGGAAUGCAGCAGUUUGAUCAUAUGAAGCGAGUUGUUUGGAAAGGAGAGACGUCGCCUGCAUCUAGCUAUAACGCUAAGCCGAAUCGAAUGGACUGUCUUUCGAGAAAGAAAGAAAUGCAAGUUGAAUGUACACAUUGUACAAGAAAGAGGAUACUGGAUUUAUCUUUACAUUCCAGAGAACUGGCCUCAAUGUCUACAUUUCAGAUGCUAGCUAGCUAAUGCAUUUGAGUGGCAGACUAGUUUAGCUUUAGCUAGUCCUCCAUUGCUCUCGGCUGACCGCUAUCGCGUCAGCGUCAUAGCCGACGAGAACGCUCUUGUGUCCAAUCACAGUUUUCACGUGAUGUCGCGGAUGGCUUUUGGCCUCUAUCGGAAUUAGCUUGUUAAUAGCUAGCCAGCCAUUAUUUGCUUAUCACAACCAAAUAUUCUCUACAACAGUGAGUGUUGCAUAAAGAGACCCCAUUUGUUGUCAAAAGCAAGUGUUUAAUUUGCAUGAAAACAAUAUUUAUUUAGCUAUAGAUUUUGCAAUAAUAGUCAGCCAACUUGAUGUAAAGGGCAACCUAGCUACCCAGCUAACAAAGCUCGGUUCUUAACGUUAUAUAAUGCUAGAUAUCAAUAACAUCAGCUAACUAGUCGCUUGUCGUGUAUAUAAUUGGUCUUUCAUUUUUGGGAAAGUUUAUCGGGAGGAUUUACUUUCAACGUUCACUGGCCAGUCAACGUUAGCUAGCUUGUUAGGGAACUAGCCCGCCUUACAUCGUAACUCGCAUUGCUAGAAAUCGUAGCAUUAAACAGGCUCCAGUUUAUAGCUACGAGUUAGUGGUGGAGUAUUGCAGUGGAACGUCCAGUCAGGUCAGAAGACAUCCUGUUUACAGCGGAUAGCCUCCUCUCAAUCAAGCUAGAGACACUUAGGUAAUCAUGCUGCACCAAUGCAUGCCAUUCGAAGGUACUUUUUGUGCAUUUUAAAUGUUGCACUAACUCGCUUCUUAGAACAGUUCACAGCACCACAUUGGCCAAGUUUUAACACAGACAAAGGGAAGUCUAGUCGAAUAUCAUCACGUGCACGGAGAUCACGUACUGUUGCUCUUCCAAGAGCCACACCAGUAAACUAGCCUCAAGGAUUCUGUAACUAAAUUUAGCUCGCAAGGGAUGGAAACCAAUUUACUGAGGAUAAUGCGAGUACAAUUGUCUAGCUGACGUUACUUGGCUUGGCAGUAUCAACAUAAUAAACCAGAGGAAAUCUUUAUAUAGACACAUAUUACUUAAUUUGAAUGAGUUUAAGCUAAUGUUGGGAUACUAGUCGAAAUGCAUAUGCAUUGUAAUUAAUUAGAAUGUUUACUAGCUGAUAUAUCUCAGAAAACAAAUAAAAUAGCACAGGACAGGAGCUGUUGACAAACAGACAUUACUCUGUCACUAAAACAUAUUUGAUGACAACGUUAUUGUGCAAGCUAUCACUUCCUGGUAGGACUGGAAACCCAACAACAACAAGCCUUUAAAAAUAUAUACUAUUUAUUUGCUUGUUGUUGGUAUUGCUAUGUAAUUACACUUUGUCUAAAGACUGAAGGAAAAUAACACAGUAGAUAUUGCAGUCAGUGGUGCCUGAAUUUCAUGCAUUUUGCUUUGAGGGAGCACACAAUUUAAAGUCCCCCACCAGCUAUUUUUGAACUUUUCCUGUCAAGCUAGAUAGUUCUAACACUGUUUCAAUUUGCCGGGGGUGUAGUUUCAACUGUCUACUGUAAGAUACUUGAAGAUUGCCUAUGAAAACAUGAGGAAGAUGCUCCGAGCACUCUCUGAAAGGAAUAAGCUCCCCACUAGCUGACGUGAGGAGUUGUAACGUUUGGACAUAACUGGCAGACAGCAGCAUCACUGUGGAACUCUGUACAAUAAACUUGAAGAGAAAAGGAGAUGGUCACCCUGCUGUGACAUCAUUGGACUGCAGGAGAGGACACGGACACGCUCGAGCCGUCUGCAGCCAUGAGUCUCCGCCCCCCCACCUCAACACUGGACAGGCUCAGCAGCCUGACUAUAGGAGAUUCGGAGCGCAAGACCUCCAGCGGCCAGCAGAGGGAGACUCUGGCUGACUUCCCCGCUGAGAGCACAGGUCCAGGUCUUGUUCAGAGAUGUGUGGUGGUACAGAAGGAUCAGCUAGGGUUUGGUUUCACUGUGUGUGGCGAGAGGAUCAAGCUGGUGCAGAAUGUUCGACCAGGUGGCGCAGCGGUCAAGGCAGGGGUCCACGAGGGAGACAGAAUCAUAAAGGUCAAUGGCUCGCUGGUGUCGGCCAUGUCUCAUCAGGAGGUGGUGAAGCUCAUCAAGUCUGGGACAUAUGUUGCUCUGACUCUUCAAGGACCGCCCCCUUCAGCAGCUGCCCUCCCCCUACACCCCCUCCCCACUGACCUCUUACCCAAUCAGAGGACGUCACUGGGAGGAGAAGCCCCGCCUCCACCACCUCCACCCCUGCCCCCUGGACUGACCAGCACCCCCUCCCAAAGAAUCACCAAACCACUGCAGAACCUAGAUGUGCAGAAACAUGCCACUCAGAUUCUCAGGAACAUGCUGGAACAGGGAGAGGCUGAGCUUCAGGACUUGAUGGAGGAACUGUCACGGAACCCCUCCCCAUCCCUGGAGGAGCGAAUUGAAAGUGCCAAGAGGCGGGCCCAACAAGUCCGGGUUAAAAUCCAACAAGAUCUGGAUGGAACUCGAUCGGAAGCUGUGACCAACUAUGUAGUAGCAGGAGAAGGUCGGUUGUCGGUGGAUUCAAGUGAAGGAGACUUUGAGGCCUUUGAGAGCCCCCACUCCUCCCCCUCCACCUCCUCCUUCAGGACCCCCCUACACCGGAGACAGGGUUCCGACACACACACCUUCACUGACUCGGCUGGGAAGGCUCAGAUCAUUGGCCCAGAGGAAGAGGAGGAAGAGGACAACAGCUAUACGCUCAACGAGAUGGACGGCCCAUUUCAGGACAUAGAGCUUCUCAAGUCGCGACCAGCCCACAUGACCGUGUUCAUGAGAUACGUCUUCAGUCAGCUACUGGAUCCCAACCCGCUGCUGUUCUACCUGUCAGUGGAGGCCUACCUGGGCUCCAGCCCUAAAGACGCCCGUGCCCUCGCCCCACAGAUCUGCUCCCACUUCCUGGACCCUGAUGCUCCGUUGAAAAUCAGAGUAAGAGAAGAAUACCUGACGGAUAUAGAGAGUCGUCUUCAUGCCCAGGAGGACAUCAGGGGACCUCUGUCUGAGCUCCAACAGCAGGUGCUGCCUGACAUUCAGGACCAAAUACAGGAUUACAGGAAUAAGCAGAUGAUGGGUCUGGGCUCUCUGUUUGGAGAGGGAGACCUGCAGCAGCUGGAUGGAGACCCAGCCAAGGAGAGGCUAGUGGUGGACAGACAGGUCACUGCUCUCUGGGAGAUACUCUCGAAGCACGAAGAGGACAGAAGUUCUCCUCUAGCCUCUGCAGUACUGCUGUACCUCCGUCAUUCAGGCAUAAAGCUGAGGGACUCCAGGGUGUUCCCAGGCCUCAGCACUGAGAAGGAGAAGUGGCUUGCCUUCUUUCCCAAGACCAAGAAGCUGAGCAGUUCAAAGAAAGACAAGGAUGGAGAGGACAGGAAGAGAAACCCCAUCCUGAAGUAUAUCGGCAAGCCCAGGAGCACCUCUCAGUCCACGUUCCAUGUUCCCUUGUCUCCCACUGAAGUGCGUCCGGGCAGUGUGAGGAACAUAAUCCAGCAGUUUGAGAACCACAUAGAGAUCCCCGGGGAGGAGGGGGCCGAGGGAGACCCUCCGAGAUUGUCCUCCAGCAGCCUGGGAGAGGACAGCAUGGACAGCCCUACGGUGUCGGUGCGUCUGGCUCGUAGUGAGUCUCUAAAGGCGCAGGGGGAAGGGCGUCGGCGCGGCGGGUCCUCGGGGGCGGAGACAGUCCCUCGUUCCCGUAGCGACGUGGACAUGGAGGACUGUGGAGAGGAGAGGGAGGGGCCGGGCCUGAGACCCCUACACCACAGCGCCUCCUCAGCCUCCAGCAGCUCAGCACGAUCCUGCGAGAACCCCACCCCUCCGUACACCCCUCAGUCCUCCAGACGAAAGAGUGUGGAGUUCCCAGUGGCCCUGCUCCCUGACGCCCCAGCCCUAGAGGAGGACGUGGUGGACAGUCACAACUGGCAGGAGACGGUGGCCCCGCAGGUCCUGGCCACUCUCUGUCCCCGAGAGGUGGACCGACAGGCUGUCAUCUACGAAUUGCUGACAACGGAGGCGUCUCACCUGCGUACACUCAGGGUGUUGGAUCAGGUGUUCUUCCAGAAGAUGAGGUGUGUACUGAGCUCUGACGAGCUGGCCUGCAUCUUCCCCAACCUGCCUCAGGUCUACGAGCUUCACGCGAGUCUGUGUGAAGCCAUGAAGAAGAGAAGAGAAUCUCCCAUCGUUCAGGGCAUCGGUGACAUCAUGCUGGCCAGGUUUGAGGGCGUGGCGGGGGAGGAGUUUCAGGAGCAGGCGUCCCACCUGUGCAGUCAGCAGUCUCAGGCCCUGGAGCUCAUCAAGAACAAACAACGCAAAGACCCCCGCUUCGCACACAUCAUCCAGGAGUGUGAGGCCAGUCCUCACUGUAGGAGGCUGCAGCUGAAGGAUCUGCUGGUGUCUGAGACACAGAGACUUACCAAGUACCCUCUGCUUCUGGACAAAAUCCUCAAACACACAGAAGCUGGUUCCACAGACCUCCCACCUCUCCAACAGGCACAAGCCUGUUGCCGGGGGAUACUGCAGGCCGUCAACGAGGUCGUCAGGGAGACGGAACACCGGCAGCGGCUCAACCAAUACCAGCGCAGGUUGGACCCCACGCCACAGUUGAAGAGUCUAGACCUGACCAGUAAGAGAAUGAUCCAUGAGGGUCCUCUCACCUGGAAAGUCAGUAAAGACAAAACCUUAGAGAUCCAGGCGCUGCUGUUGUCAGACCUUCUGGUGUUGCUCCAGAGAGGUCCAGACGACCGGCUGCUGCUGCGCUGCCCGUCCCGCUGGCUGGGGGGAGGAGGAGGGGGUAGUGGGGACACCAAGGCCUCCUUCAGCCCUGUGGUCCAGCUAGAUUCACUGCUGGUGCGCUCUGUGGCCACAGACAACAAGGCCCUGUACGUCAUCAGCACAACAGAGCAACAGAUCUACGAGCUGGUAGCAGGGACGUCCUCAGAGAAAAACAUCUGGAAAGACCAACUUGAAAAGACCAUCUCAUUGGCUGCUGGCUCCUCACCUUUGACCAAUAACAGAUCCACACCUAUUUCCUCCCCGAGUCUUGGUAACGCUUCCCCUGUCUCAACUGGCAGCCAUGUCUACCAAUCAGACGACUCGAUGACGGAGCAGGUGGUUUCAAUGGAGACAAACUCUCCUAAUGAUGAGGACAAUGAGCUCACGCCCACCACACCAACGGCCCAAUCAGGGGCUUUCCUCCACAGUGAGGGGCGGGACUACGUCAAGAGACAAAUUGGAGUGGCUGAAGCAGCUCUUGAAGACAUGGAGAUGCUAAGGCAGCUGAUUUUCCACAACAUGGAGGAAGAAGGGUGGAGUCACGACUCAGAUGGAACGCCCACAAACGAGACAGCCAAUCAGAGGAGCUCGCUCAAUGACAGACAGAGACCGGCGUCCUCUGAGACUCUCCUCAGCGCCAGUCCCAGCCAAUUGGAGGCUGAGCAUUCAGAAGUCCCGCCCUCGGAGGUGGGGUCCCCCAGUGUACAUGUUGUGCGGAAAGCUGUGGUGGCGGGCUCUCCUUCUAUCCCUGAUGACAUCACUGAUGAUGUCAAUCUCCACUCUGACCAAUCACCUGAGCCGAGAGGCGGGGCCAGUGUACGGGGAAACGUGUUCUACCUGGUGAUGCCUACAGAGAAGGGAGAGGGACUGCUGGAUGAGAGUCCCACAGAUGAGGUCAUUGAUCCCCCCACCCCGACCUCCACUGAACUUCCUGAUCUGGACCAGGAAGUGAUGUCAUCAAACAUACAGCAUCAUGAGGAAGAAGGGCAGGUCUCUUCCACCCUGUCUGCGGGCGACCAAUCGGAGCUGGGGAAUCUGAGCCGGGAGGGAGGGCUUGGCCAAUCACAAAAGGUCCUCCAGAGCCAUGUGAUCAAACACGUGGAUGAGAUAUUCCACACAAUCGAGGAAUUGAUGAACAAGCUGCACCAGCUGAGGGACAUAGAGACAGCUCAUCACAAGCUCCUGAGAACACUGAGAGAGCCGCCUGUCAAUCAGGAGUCAGGUGACCUCCCUCGUAACCAGGAAACCGUCAUCAGGACGCCGUCUCUGGACCGGGACCCAGGGGAUGAGCCAGCUAAGCCUGAGAUCCUCUCCACUGGAUUCUAACGAUGUUAUCUCAAUGAGGACUUCUUAACAGACUCACCCCUGCCCUGCCGUAGACAUACGCACACACACACUAACGGACUGGGACCCCAGCCUUUACCCCCUACCCCCCCUCUCACACCCCUAACCCUCAGCCCAAUCCUAGCAUGCACUGCUCGUGGGAGCAGGAUCGAGGAAGUACUGUGAUGUUGUUGGUGUUGCCCUGGGAGACCAGGAAGUGAUGCAGGACUGAUGGCCCCAGCCCCCUGACACCCAAGGAUCCGCCCCCAACACGGUUUCAGGGUUAACUCUGACCUCUGUGAAUCCAGAGAGAGUCCAGGGUCGAGAAGAUGGACAGAUGAAGGCAAAAAAAGAAGGAAGAGACGGAGAAGUAGAGCACAAGUGACGGAAAUGUUGUGUGAAGAAGCAAAUAGAUAAUACUGAAAGUGGAGAGUGGGAGGAAUCUAAAUUGGCAAGGAAUAAUGCCAUGGAUGACAUGUUGGACGGAAGUAAGGUUGGUUACAUUUGAAGAAGAAGUUAGUAUACUUUGAAAGAAGUAGUGAUGGUUCAAGGGAGAGAGUUGAGAAGUGACAGAUGUUUGACUGAGAACAACGACUGAACAGGAUAACGUAAGGACCCUAGCACCCUACCCACAAUGCAUCCUCUGUCGCGUAUCCAUACUCCACAACGGAUUGGAUUAGUGAGUGACUGGAAACUGGACAGAUCACCGGCUCCAUUGUGAGUCAAAGCUGCACCUAGUUUGAGCCAAGAUGGUAGUUCAUUACUACUGUUUGCUUUACAGUAUGCCUGCCAUGGAGGCCGAUCGAAGGACUGUGUGUGUGUGUGUGUAUAUAUAUAUAUAUACACACACACACACACACACACACACUGAACAAAAAU